GCAUUCACCUCAGCCGACUCAGGAAAAGGGCUUCUUCCCCUGACGCUCUCUACAACCGCGACUCCAAUGUCGAGUACGCCGAGCACGCCGAGGAGGCCCAGCUCCUGCGCCAUCGACACACACUCCCUCCUCGAAGCCCAUGCCCUUGCAAACGAGCCCUUCCUCCCCCUCGUCGAUCCCCGCCUUCUCUCCCCAGCUCGCUCACUCGCUGCUGAGCCCUAAAAAGCCGAGCCCCCUCGAGCCCGCCCAAAUCGAACGCUCCAUCGCCCCGCUGCAACGUGCGUCACCUCCGACGCCAACGGUCGUCGACUCGUCGUCUUCUUGAGCUCGAGGAGCGUUACGCUUACGCUCGAGAGGGCAGCGGGGCGCGGGAGGACCGAACGGUGGACGGGCGCGGAGGGGAGGAGUGUAGAAUCGGCGCGGGGGGAGGGGGCGCGGGAGGGCUGAACGGUCGACGGAGCUAUGGCGACGGAGGCGAGGCUGAUGCUGCACGUCCUGCGAGGGGACUUCGAGGUGCCGGUGGCGCGGGCGGGCGCGGGAGCGGGGGAUGGCGCGGAGAUGGACGAACGGGUGUGGAGCGGGCUGCCCAAGGACGUGCUGGGGAAGGUGCUGCAGAAGCUGCCCUACGCCGUGAAGGUGCGCUUCCGCGCCGUGUCGAGGGCCUGGCGCAAUGAUCUGCUGUCGGACUCGGCGCUGCGCUCUAGCGCCUCGGCCUCGGCCUCGGGCGCGCGCCCGAUCUGCGCCCUGGAGUUCGUCGACGCCGACCGCGAGGCCUCGUUGCGCUGCGAGCUGCCGCGGCGCGUGUGCGACCUGGAGCUGUCGUUCCUGCCGCCCGAGUGCUCGCGCUGGAGCUCGACCGAUUUCUUCGUGCAGCAGGGCCUCGUCGGGGUGCUCCUGCCGGCGCCCGAUCCCGAUCGGCGGCCGCAGGUGAGCUCGUUGGCCAUCUGCCUGCUCAACCCCAUGACGAGAACGUGGCGCAAGCUUCCCGAGCUCAGCUUCGCCGAUCCGCGGAAGGUGUGGGAUCUGUGGAACGAAGGCCAGCAGUGGCGCAUCAAGCUCGAGGUCGACCGCCGAUGCUCUUCGACGAGCGACUUGCGCAUCGAGCUCGUGCUCCUCCUGCCGGGCUCGAUCUGGGAGGAAUUCGGCGCCGUGAAUAUGUCCGUCUCGGCCGUGUGUAUGUACUCGUCCUCCACCGACGAGUGGACCGUCACCAAGUGCGUCGACGACCACGCCUUCCGAUCAUUCCCUCGCGCGCUCUGCAAUGGAUUGAUCUACACUCUGAACUACCACCAGUGGCUGACGACGCACAGCCUGAGCGAUGGGCGGCUGCGGGGGGCGUUCGAUUUGCAGACUCUGCAGAGCUCUCCUGGCGAGCUUUCGAGCAGCAGGCCCUUCCUUGUGGAGCAUCACGGCGACGUGCUGUGCGUGCAGGAGUUGUGCCGGGUUUCGGCCAGCCCCACGUUCGGAAUCUGGAAGCUGAAUCCGAUCACCAUGCGAUGGAGCGAGCUCUCGAUGCUGCCCAAGGCGGUGCUGGAUCGCUUCGUCGCCCAAAUGCACUGCUCCCAAAACAACGAGUACGGGCUCAGCAGCGUCAAGACCGUGGGCGAGUUCGUGUGUCUCAGCGUGUACAGCAGAGUCAUCAUGCCUCCCGAUUCGGCCCCCGUUCUCGUUCACCUACUCGUGUGCCAUAUCCCGACUCGUCGGUGGCGCUUGGGUUUCAACAAUUUGCUGCACUUGAGAUCGCAGAGCAGAUUCGAGCUUUUCGAACCGCGCUUGGACAUUUUUCUUUAAGGAUUCCCGGUGGGCGACAAUCUCGCAUGGAUAGAAUCCGAGGGUGAAAGUUCAGCUCAGACGUAUUCACUGUCAUCGUUUCGCUUCGUGCCGCUCGAGCAUCGAUGUGGAAGGGAAUGGCUUUGCAACUCCGGGUGCAUCGUGGCGUUUGACACGGAGGGAUCUGGAAGAAGGUUGGGCGUAGAUGGUGGAAGCGCAGGGACUAGCAGGGUUUUGUCAGUGUUUCUUGAGAGUGUAUGGAUCGGGUUGGGUGUCCGUCCAGGCCUGAACGGAGGCGGAUUGUGUGCCAGUCUUUGUACAGUACGAAUUUGACGAGUCUACCUCUGCGAUUUCCUGCCC